UUUUCAAUUUGAAGAAUUGUGGGGAAGGGAAGAAUUGGUUGGUUCUACACUGUUAGCUUCGGCUCCUCGGCGGAGUAGAUGACUUCUCCGACUUCUCUGCCUUCUAACCUUUCCCUCUCUUUCCUCACCUCCACUUCCAAACUCUCCUCCCCUAUUUUUGUUUUGCCUGCGCGUAUUAAUAUUGGCCGGAGGUUGAAAAUUUGUGCUCAGGCUGCAAUUUCGAGCGAUAGGCAAGUGGUCAAGUUUGCAGGCGCAUAUGAUCCGGAGCUCCGCUCAGUGCUUGAACUAGCUACGGACUCCGAGUUGUUUGAGCUUGAAACAAUCCUUUUUGGCCCAAGCUACUUCAGUCCUCUGCUAAAAUCAAUCCCGAGUGGAGCUGAAUUUGACCGCGCAAUGAUUGGAGUGGACCUUCAAGAACGAGAAGACUAUAUAGCUGCACUUGAGUCGCGAUUUUUAUUUCUUGCAGCUGAUGCCAGGUCUACGUUAAGGGGUUGGAGGCCAUCUUAUAGAAAUGUUUUGCUUGAAGUGAGGAAAAGAUUAAACGUACCUUGCUCAAACAAAUUGUCAACUGAAGACCUUGAAGUAGAAAUUUUCCUGCACUUGUUGCAGGAUAACUCAAGUGAAAAAUCAGAAACUUCAUUGGAUCUUGGCACAACAUCUGAUGUUCAGGGUGGACAACUCAGUCAAUGGAAAGCACAAGUUCUUGCAGCUGUAAAAGUUGGUGCAGGAGGGUUUCAAUCAAUGAUUUUAAAGGGUGGUGGUAUAUUCACAUUCACAAAAAUAUAUCAAUUGUUAGCAAGAAAAUUAUCUGGGAAAGUUCUUUCAGAAGCUGCUAACUACCAGAUUAAGAAAGAGUUAAUGAAGAAGGGUGGACAGUUGGCCAUUGUUAAUCUAGAAUCCAGGGCAGCCUUGCUUGCAGCAAGACAGGGUUUUCUUGGUGCUGCUUCAAGAUAUGUGGGUAUCAGAAGCAUGAUGACACUACUUGGACCUGUGCUUUGGGGAACCUUUCUUGCAGAUCUUGUCAUUCAAAUGCUCGGAACUGAUUAUGCUAGAAUCUUGCGAGCAAUUUAUGCUUUGGCGCAGAUUCGAGUCACCCGAACAUAUAAGCUACCGUCUGAUGCUUCAGAAGAGUAGCAAGCAUGCGAAGCUCAAAUCUCUAACUCAAGGUUAGAGACUCCAUUAUUGAAGGCUGAAGGGAUACAUAUUCUGGUAUGAUCGACAGAGAAAAAUGUUGUAAAUAAAAGGUAUUUGUUUUUCUUUUUUUGUAAAUAUGCAAAGCUUUUUAACGCUUCAACUACUGCUGGCUUCCCCUCGUUUGUUCAUAUUUGGUUGUGGUUGCAGAACAUAAUUCCCAGCUGAAGGAACUAAUCAAUUUUGUAAGUUUAUAAUAUUAUGCUUUACUUCCAUGCUUCAACCAAAAUUUCAUUUUAAUUUGUGUGAUAUUGCUUCA